AUGGUUCGUUUACACUCAUUUUGCUUUUUCGGGGCGGUCAACUUCGUGCACGGAGUUGUGGCCCAGGACAUUUCGGGAUCGCAGCCAUUAUCCCGUCUGGCGAAUGGCUUCAUCGUGGAAUACGCGGAUGAUCCGCAGACCCACUCGGUGGAUGUCGUGCAAAGAGUGGCUACUCAAGUGUCAGAUGCUACGGGAGUACGCGUCUCGCAUAAGAUGGAUCUGAGAAGUUCCAUCUUCAAUGGAGCCUCUUUCCAAAUCGCCAAAGAGCCCCAGAAUGGGGCAGGCGAGGGCCCGAUAUCUACUGAUGAGCUCUUGGAGGCUGCAUUACUUCAAAUGCCUGACAUCGCGGCCGUCUAUCCCAACACAGUGCGCUAUCUUCAGGCUCCAGUGGAGUUUAGAACAGAUUUCAAGAAUGCUGGCAGGGAAGAGUACUUUUCCUCUGUGGGGAAAAGGCCGACCGGCAACGGAAGCGAUGAGAAUCAACUUUACUUUGGGCAGGAUGGAACGCCGCUGGUUAACCCCCACGCCAUGACUGGAGUCGACAGACUCCACGCAGAGGGAAUCACUGGCGAAGGCGUAAAAAUCGCGAUCAUAGAUUCCGGCAUCGACGUUUUCCACUCGGCCCUUGGAGGCGGAUUCGGGCCAGGUUUCAAGGUGGCUGGAGGAUACGAUUUUGUCGGCGACCUGCCUGACAAUGAUGUGGACCCCCCAGUUCCUGACAACUCUCCACAGACCGUGUGUGCGAAUCACGGGACGGCGACCUCAGCAAUAGCCGCAGGUCUGCCUUACAAGUUCGGGUUUGUGGGCGUCGCGCCGAAUGCUACAAUCUAUCACUACAAGGUGUUCCCUUGCUCCGGGGGCGUUUCGACAGACGUCGGGGUCAAUGCCUCACUUGCAGCGUACGAAGAAGGAGUUGAUGUUAUCAAUGCUUCCAUUGGGGGUCAAGGUGGAUGGGGAAAUGACUUGUGGGGAGUCAUUGCUUCAAGAAUCAUGAAAAAUGGAACGGCGUACAUCAUCUCAGCCGGAAAUGACGGAGCUCGCGGUCCUUUCAUCGCGAAUUCGUUGAGCAGCACGCAAGGCGUUCCGAGCAUAGGCUCCGUUGAUAAUGCUUACAGUCCGACCCUUAUGGCCAAUGGCUCGUAUAGUGUCAAUGAGGGCGAAGCAGUGCCUAUCGAGUACACGCCUGGAUUUCCGGCCAACUGGACUUCGCCUCUGGAAAUUAUCAAUUUGCAGGUCAACGGCUGUACGCCUUACCCUAAUAUCACUUACACGACAAACCAAGUGAUCUUGCUGCAAAGACCCUAUGCUGGCACCCCUGCAUGCGACCAGAACGCGCAAGCGAAGGCUGCCGGCAUCAGAAACAUUCUAUUCUACAAUUACUUUGAUGGUGUAGCCACCAGACCAUUGCCACUCGUGACCACUGAAGGGUUUCCAUUUGACUGGUUGGAUGGCGUCGGGUAUAUCGAUAAUGCCCUGGGAGAGAAACUUGCUGGGCUCGUAAGCAGCGGCAACAAGAUCACUCUGGACUUGCCUUGGAAACCAGAGAAUGAUACACGAAUACUGAGGCUUCUGAAGAAUGACAUUAGUGGCGGAUUUAUAUCAAAUUACAGCACAUGGGGCCCCACUUAUGAAGCAAAGAUUGGUACGACUUUCUCUGCUCCUGGGGCCAACAUCCUGACGGCUGGUGGAACGAUAUAUGGAGGCAUUGUCAUCGCAAGCGGAACCUCAUUCUCGGCACCUUACGUUGCAGGUGUCGCAGCUCUCAUCAAGCAAGCGCAUCCUGGCAUCACCCCAAACGAGAUCAUCAAUCGCCUAGCCACAACGGCAAAGCCGGUCAGGAUGCAGUCGAACCAGCGGCAAACGCAGGACUACCUUGCUCCUAUUUUUCAGCAGGGGGGAGGAAUGAUCGAUGCUUAUGCCGCUUUGAAGACCACCACGACACUGAAUGUGAGCGAUCUCGCAUUCAAUGACACUGCGUACAGCCAGCCACAGAGCUUUGAGAUUCGGAACUCAGGAAGUGACUCAGUGACAUAUGAAUUGACACACAAUCCUGGCCCGACUCUAUAUGCAUUUUCACCUGGCAACAACACGGUCACGGCGUUCAACAACGACUCAGCGUUCCCGGCUAACAUACUGCCCGAGGCCCAUUCCGAGCUGUCCUUUUCUCAGAAUUCAGCAACUGUGGGUGCCGGAAGCACCGCGGUCUUCACAGUUCAGGUGACACCACCGACUGGGCUCGAGGCUCGCCGAGUGCCUCUAUAUAGCGGAUUCAUUACCAUCAAGGGAUCUAACGGCGACAAUCUGUCCAUUGCCUAUGGUGGCAUAGCCUCGGAGCUCCGCAGCAUUCCCGUGCUGGAUACGACGCCUGGACAGGAGAGGACGGUUCUGAUAGCAAACACGACCGACGGCGACGUGCGACCGGGCCUGGAUGGGAACAGCCUGACGAGCACUUUCAUGAUCCCGCGUGUAACUGGUAACAUUACCACCAGCACAGCGCUCACGAACAUUACCCUCCCGGGCUACCAGGUCAACCCGAUUUUCGGGUCGCUGCGGCUCAAUGUCUCGCUGCUGCGAGACGGCAAGGACCUUGGCAUGGUUAGCACGGUCGGCGAGGUCCAGUCCUACUACGUGCGAGACUCCCCUACCAGCCGCUACUUCUACGGGCAGAUGGCGGACAGCAGCUUCGUGCAGGACAGCGGGACUUAUAGAUUCCAACUGCGGAUGCUGAGGGUAACUGGUAACCCCGAUGUCGAGGCAGACUGGGAUCAGGUUGUGACGGAGCCUUUCACUCUUGUAUUCUCCGAUGAUGUAGCCGCGAACGCAUCGGUUGUGGCUUCUCACGAGAGACGGAACAGAUCACCUGGUACAGCCUUUCUGAGUGGGAGAUAA